AUGGUGAAGUUGACGCCUGCAAAGCUUAUAGAAGCCCCAGUUUACUAUGUGGACCACUUUCAUACCAAGUACGAUGUCGAUAAGAUCGUCAUAUUAAGAGAUGGUGGCUUCGUGAAUGAUAAAGAAGUCAUGCCAGAGACGUUGAAAACGCUUCCAGCGUUAACAAAUAUACUGGAUUUUACGAAUAAUAACCUAGAUGAAUUUCCUAAUCUGAAUUAUAAAACUAGUCUUCACACUUUACUGCUAUCGAGGAAUCAAAUACGAAAGCUUGAUGGAUCGAGGCUACCGAAAAGUCUAGUGAAUAUAGCGCUGGCUAUGAAUAACAUUGGAACUUUUGAACAGUUAAAAGGUUUAAAGAGUUUUCCAAAGACUUUGAGAAAUCUCAAUCUACGUGGAAACGUUGUUUGUCAUCUCGAUGGAUAUAGAGAAGUCGUAAUAUCUUAUUGUCCUCAGUUAGAAGUUCUAGAUGGAGAACGGGUAAAACUGGUCGAAAGGAAAUCCAAUCCAAAACUAUUAGCUGAUAGCAACUCCAAGCCUGCUUCUAAUUUGUCAGCGUCGAAAGUUGAAGAUAAAGAUAUUCAACUUAUGGAUCAUGUUAUUAGCAAGAUGGAUGACGCAACGAUAGCAAGCAUAAAGGAACAGCUGGCGAAUGCACAGACGCUAGAUGAGAUAGAAAGACUUGAAAAGCUACUAUCUGGGGGUGUAUAA